AUGAAUCUAGCAACAAAAAUCUGCACAUUGCUCAUCGUGACCUUAUCUUUUCUCUAUUUCGUGGAGGGUCUGACCUGUAAUGUCUGUGAAUUCUCGAAAAAUUCAAGAUGUAGAUAUGGCCAAGGCCGAUGCAAUGCAAAACGUGGUCAGUCGUGUGCUACCAUAGCACAAUUUUCGGGAUCAAAGCAUCUGUCCUCCAGACAACUAUGCAUAAGUCGCUGCAAGGAAAGACAGGAUUACCACGAUAAUAAAUUAACGUACUAUAUGUGCUGUGACAAAAACUUGUGUAAUAGUUUCUAG